GAGGUGUACUUGAUGAAAUUAGGCCCCAGAGCAGUGGAUUUUUCACUGGUUAGGAAAUGGUGCGCACCCACAGUUGGAUCUUGCGUGGGUGGAAAAGCUCGUGACCGGAACUGCUUUAUCGACAUGCUCACAUCACGUGAUUGGCGGAUCAGCGUAACUUUCAACUCUAACACACCGAAAUGGCGCAGAAGGGCAUUCAGCUGGAUGUUGAAACUUUUUCCUGUUCAAUCUGUCUGAACCUACUGAACAAUCCAGUGGCUAUUCCAUGUGGCCACAGCUACUGUAUGAGCUGCAUUCAAAGCUUCUGGGAUCAAAAGGGUAAGAAGAAACGCCACUGCUGCCCUCAGUGUAGGCAGACUUUUACACCGAGGCCAGCUCUGGUUAAAAACACAAUGUUAGCAGCUUUGGUGGAGCAGCUGAAGCAGACUGGACUUCAGGCUGAUCCUGCUGGACCUGAAGAUGUGGCCUGUGACAUGUGCCCUGGGAGGAAGCGGAAGGCCAUCAGGUCCUGUCUCAACUGUUUGGCUUCUUACUGUGAGAACCACCUCCAGCCUCACUACAGCGCCGCUCCACUGCAGAAACACAAACUGGUGGAGCCCUCCAAGAAGCUCCUGGAGAACAUCUGUUCUCGUCAUGAUGAGGUGAUGAAGGUUUUCUGUCGCACUGAUCAGCAGUGCAUCUGCAUCUUGUGCACCAUGGAUGAACACAAAGGCCAUGAAACGGCUCCGGUUGCAGCUGAGAGGGCAGAGAGGCAGAAGGAGCUUGAGGAGAAUCGACAGCAAAUCCAGAAGAAAAUCCAGGACCAGGAGAAGGAGCUGAAGAGGCUCCAGCAGGAGGUGAGGGACGCCUGUGUCUCUGCUGAUGAAGCAGUGAAGAAUACGGAGAAGAUCUUCACUGAGCUGAUUAGUCUCCUCCAGAAAAGACGCUCUGAUGCGAAGCAGUGGAUCAGAUCGCAGGAGGAAGCUCAGGUGCUUCGGGUUAAGGAGGUUCAGGAGAAGCUGGAGCAGGAGCUCAAUGAUCUGAAGAAGAGAGACGCUGAGCUGGAGCAGCUUUCAUACACAGAAGAUCACAACCAGUUCCUGCAAAGCUACGCCUCCCUGUCAGCGCCCGUUGACAUCGCAGACUCAUGUGGCAUCGACGCCGGUCCUCUGAGGCACUUUGAGGACGUGACAGCAGCUGUGUCCGAGCUCCGAGACAAACUGCAGGACAUCCUUAGGACAAACACCCUCCAGAUGGUGUCCAGUUCCCAACCGGAGCCAAAGAGCAGAGCUGAAUUUCUGAAAUAUGCCUGUGAAAUCACUCUGGACCCAAACACAGCUUUCAGAACGCUGGAACUGAGCAAAAAGAACAGAGCAGCAAUGGUGGGGUACGAGGACGAGUCAUACACUCCUAAUCCAGAGAGAUUCAGUUUAUACAGACAAGUGCUGAGCAGGCAGAGCCUGGCCGGACGAUGCUACUUUGAGUUUAAAUGGGUUGGAAUAGGAAUUUUUGUAGCAGUUGCAUACAAGAGAGGAGGGAGAGAAGAUGAGUCGUUGUUUGGGUUUAAUGAUCAGUCGUGGGCGCUACGCUGUGACUUUGAGUGUUUGAGUUUGAAAGAAACUGGUUACACUUUCUGCCACAAUAAAGCAGAGACUUCGGUGUCAGGUCCUCAGUCAUGCAAACUAGGAGUGUACCUGGAUCACAGUGCUGGUGUUCUGGCUUUCUAUGAUGUCUCUGAAACCAUGACUCUGCUCCACAGAGUCCAGACUACCUUCACUCAGCCUCUCUACGCUGGGCUUGGCUUUGUUUUUGGUGAUGGAGGCAAUGCAGAGUUUUGCAGCCUCAAAGAAACAGAAUAAAUCUGAUUGUACAUUAUAAAAUAUAUCACUAUGUGGAUACAGUAUGGUACAAGACAGAUUAAAUAUAAAAAAACCGUCAAUCACAAUCUUGUGUAGUACUGUUCAUCCCGCUCACAUCAGUGGAGUCUAUAUUUUACUGUUCUUACCCAAAUUUAGUUAAAUGAUUUUUUUUAUUAUUAUUAUGUAUCCUAAUGUAUUUAUUGCAGCAAAAACUUUUCUAUUUUGAAAGGGUUUUUUUUAUUUUAAGUGAAUUACAGCUUUUAUUCAUUUCAUUCCAGUCCUGGGUUGCCUUUUUUAAUCAUGUUUAGAUCCGUUCUUGUCAGGAGAGAACAUCCAACAGGUUCAAAACAAGCCAAGUUUGAAAAAUAAAUGUAAAAUAGCCACUGUGGCAUUAAUAAAGCCUCCAUUAAGUGAAAUAGCUUUAUAAGUAAGAGCAAGGAAAAGAAAACUGUAUUCUGCUUGUUUACAGGAGUAAAACUGUCCUACAUACUUUCUGCACUACUAUGAAUAAUGUUCUCCAUCCAAUCUGCCUGAACUUGAACUAUUUAACAAAAAAAUAGGCAAACGUUUUGGUUUGGAAAGAUUUGUAGCUGUAAGUGCGUCUAAAGGUGAUUCUACAAAGUAUUCACUCAACUGGCAGAAAUAUAAAUGGACGGCACACUUUAUGAUUUAUAUUUGUAAAAAUUUUGCAAAUUAUGGUUGCAUCAUUUUCCCUCUUGAGAUUUAUUUGCUUCUUUGAAUUGUUCUACACCAUAAAACCCUGAAAAUAGCAGGACAUAUUGACUGUACCAUUGCUAACUGCAGGGGUGAAAAAGACAGGGGAUGAAAACUUUUGCAUGGAAUUGUAACUUUGGUAAUAAAUACAACUUCUUCAACAUUUACUCACAAUACAUGCUGGGGCUCCGAAUCUCAAUUA